AUGGGACUUAAGUUGAACGGCAGAUAUAUUUCUCUGAUCCUUGCUGUACAGAUAGCGUACCUGGUGCAGGCGGUGAGAGCGGCGGGGCGGUGCGAUGCGGUCUUUAGGGGCUUCUCGGACUGUUUGCUGCGGCUGGGCGAUAACAUGGCCAACUACCCGCAGGACCUGGACGACAAGAGAAAUCUCCAAACGAUCUGCGCGUACUGGGAUGAUUUCCACGCCUGCACCCUCACAGCGCUCACCGAUUGCCAGGAAGGAGCGACAGACCUCUGGGAGAAAUUGAGACGGGAAUCCAAAAACCUCGAUUUCCAAGGCAGCUUAUUUGAACUGUGCGGAGGCGGCAGCGGCGCGGCACCGUCCCUCCUCCCGCCGGCUUUGCCGCUGCUGCUGGCGGCUCUGUGGGCCGCGCUAGUGACCUGGCUGCCUUUCUAGGGGGGGGCGAGCACACUCACACCCACACCCGCUCCAUGUGCUGGAUCUAUAGAGGAAGUGUCCAUCCGUUGCUUUGGGGACGUUGUGCUU